AUGAUGGAUCCAUCUGAGCUCUGCUUUCCAGAAGCUUUCAACUCCUCCUGUAAAAAGAAAGUGUCUCUUCACUCAGUAAAUACUUUGAUUUACUUUGGCUUGUUCUUCAUGUCUCUGGUUACUACUGCUCUUAACCUUUUGGUCAUCAUCUCCAUUUCACAUUUCAGGAAACUCCAUUCCCCCACCUACUUCUUACUGCUCUCUCUGGCUGUCUCAGAUUUUCUCGUAGGCCUUUUCAUGUUUUUUCAGAUCAUUUUUAUAAAUGGCUGCUGGUUUCUUGGUGACCUCCUGUGUGUUCUGUACUAUGUAGUAAGUGGAGUUUUAAUUUCUGCAUCAGUAGGCACCAUGGUGCUCAUUUCACUUGACCGUUAUUUGGCCAUCUGUGAUCCUCUACGUUAUUCUACAAAGGUUACCACAAAAAGAGUUCAAAUUUGUAUUUCUCUGUGCUGGAUCUGUUCUGUGGUCUAUAUCCUGAUUCUGGUAAGGGACAAUUUUCAACAACCAGGAACAUUUAAUUCAUGCUCUGGAGAGUGUGUGGUUGAAAUUGGCUUCAUUGAAAAUAUCACAGAUCUUAUUUUGACCUUUAUUAUUUCCAUCACUGUUAUAAUGGUACUAUAUGGAAGAGUGUUUGUGGUUGCUCUGUCUCAGGUUCAGGCCAUGCGCUCUAAUAUUAUUGCUAUUAAACAAAAACAGUCCAAGAAGAUAAAUGUGAAGAAAUCUGAGCUAAAGGCAGCUGGUAUUCUUGGGGUUGUUGUAGUUUCAUUUAUUUUCUGUAUCUGCCCAUAUUUUUGUGUCACACUAAUUGGUAAAAGUUCACUAUUGAACACUUCUACCAUGACCCUUCUUCUAUAUCUGUUUUCUUUUAACUCCUGUCUGAACCCUCUGAUUUAUGCCUUAUUUUAUCCCUGGUUUAGAAAAGCUAUGAAAAUUAUAUUCACAUUUCAAGUGCUAAGGUCCGGCUCUUCUGGUGCCAACAUACUUUAA